AUGGCUGGGUCCAAGAGGCAGAAACUGGCCCAAGAGUGUAAAGAAGCAAGGAGUGGAUGUGGCUGGGGCUUCCCCGGCCUCCCUGUGUCUGCCAUUUUCAAUUUUCAGAGUCUGUUGACUGUAAUCUUGCUGCUUAUAGGUACCUGUGCUUAUAUUCCAUCCUUGGCACCCAGCCUCCUGGACAGAAAUAAAAGUGGGCUGUUGGGUGUAUGUUGGAAGUGUGCCAGAAUAGGUGAACAGAACUGUCCUUAUGUUGCAGUGCGCUGUAUUGUGAUGGCCUGCAGCACACUCCUCAUACAGGAGCUUGGGAAAAUGCCAUAA